AGCGCGCACGGAUAGAGAGAGAGAGAGAGAGAGAGAGAGAGAGAAUGGAAUGGAGCGACUUGGAUGCAGCUGGAUCGGACGGUCGGAUCGGAAGUGGCGUUGAUGCCCGAGAGCGGCACAAGCUCGCCGAGCGUGAGAGGCGCAAGUCCAUGCGCGAGCUCUUCCUCUCCCUCCAUUCCCUACUUCCCCACGCCAACACCGUCCGUAGAGAGCAAUCAGCCAUCCUAGACGAGAUCAUCAAAUACAUUCCAUUGGCCGUUGCCCGCCUCCGAUCCCUCAAAAACCGGAAGAACGCACAACCUGUCGCUCCCAAGACCAGCACACCGAAAGUCCACAUCUCAGACCGCCACCCUCUCUCAUCCGACUGCGACAUUCGUAUCCCACCUGACCAAUCCUCAUCUGUGACCGUCCGUGUCCGCGGCGACCACGUCAGCGUCUCACUAACGGAUACCAAGGGCUCAUCGCAAAAGUUCCUCUUAUCGGCGAUCAUCGAUGAAUUAGAGGUCCACCAUCUUGAUCUCGUGCGAUCCACUUACUGCCUCGAUGGAAGCAAGCUCCUCCACCAUUCGGAGAGCAAGAUAAUAGACGGUUCAGAUCGGUCCCCGACUUUGUUGAAAGAGAGAUUACAGGAUCUAGCUUGUAAGCUGCACAGUCUACGGAAAUCAUCGUCCUCUUCAAAGAGAUCGUUUGAUCAGAUUGACUGAUCAUUGGACACAUACCAAAACGAUCAAGAUCGAAUCAGAGCCGUUUCAUUAAUAGGCCAUAUAACUGAUUGCUGUUUUUUCUUGAAUGUGAUUUUGGUCUUCUGAGUUUUCCCGUGCGAAAUGGCAGAGGGCUUUUCCAAUCUGCUAAAGUCAGUCCCACCGCCGCAUCUUCCAAUCUAUGUCUAUAUACUCGCGUGUAUAGAUUGAAGAGGGAAUUGGCAGUACACGUGCUGAUCUUCCAUCUGAUUAGAAGAUCAGGACCAUUCGAUAGGAUGGGCCCAAUGUGAAGCACAAGACCAGGCCAUUCUAUCCAUUGAUUGGGCUACACGCAUCUGGGAGGUAAAGGUGGACGGUUAGUUUUACAUGAUCAUUGGAUUAUAUUCACUUUUGACACGUGUUUAAAUAAAUUGUAUUGCGGCUGAAUAAAAAACAUGAACGGUCUAUAAUCA